UUCCUUAUCCCGUCUUCUCAUUGUAAUGAAUUAUUAGUUGAUUACUCAUAACAUUGCAAGAGAGAAGCAUAUGGCAGAUGUGAAUGGCAACACCGCAGGAAAGCCUCUUCGUUGCAAAGCUGCUAUCGCUAGAGAAGCAGGACAACCACUGGUGAUAGAGGAGGUGAUAGUGGCUCCACCAAAAGCUCAUGAAGUUCGGAUCAAGAUCAUUUGUGCCUCACUAUGUCAUACCGACGUCACCUUCUGGAAAUUAAAAGAUUUUCCUGGAUGCUAUCCAAGAAUCUUAGGCCAUGAGGCUGUUGGGAUUGUGGAAAGUGUAGGAGAGGAAGUAGAUGAAGUGGUGGAAGGCGAUUAUGUGCUACCAGUUCUCAUAGCAGAUUGCGGGGAUUGCAAAGAUUGCAGGUCUAGCGAGAGCAAUUUGUGUUCGAAGCUGCCAUUUAAGGUCUCUCCGUGGAUGCCUAGGGAAGAUAGCAGCAGAUUCACUGAUUUGAAGGGGGAAACUCUGUUUCAUUUCGUGUUCGUUUCAAGCUUUAGCCAAUACACUGUUGUCGACAUUGCUCAUCUCACUAAGAUUGACCCAUCCAUUCCUCCCAAUAGGGCAUGUCUUCUAAGCUGUGGGGUUUCCACUGGGAUCGGUGCUGCUUGGCGAGCUGCCAAUGUCAAACCAGGAUCAACAGUUGCUAUAUUCGGCAUUGGAGCUAUUGGACUAGGGGUGGCUGAGGGAGCAAGGCUUUGUGGAGCAGCGAGGGUAAUAGCAGUAGAUAUAAACCCAGAAAAAUUCGAAUUUGGUAAAAAGUUUGGAGUUACAGACUUUAUCAACCCGAACAAUUGUGAGGAUAAUAAGACUAUCAGCCAGAUUAUAUGCGAGAUGACAGAUGGAGGUGCAGAUUAUUGUUUCGAAUGUGUAGGAAAGGCAACUUUGGUACAAGAAGCUUAUGCUUCAUGCCGAAAGGGUUGGGGAAAAACGAUUGUGCUAGGAUUGGACAAGCUAGAUGCACAAUUGAGCUUCCUUUCUUUGGAUGUGCUGCUUAGCGGUAAAACUAUAAAAGGGUCGGUAUAUGGAGAUCUUAAGGCAAAAUCUGAUGUUCCUAUCCUUGUAAAACGUUAUUUGGACAAGGAAAUUCGACUUGAUGACUUUGUGUCACAUGAGAUGAAAUUGGAUGAGAUCAAUAAAGCAUUUGAAUUGCUUAUGGAAGGAAAAUGUCUUCGAUGUGUAAUAUGGAUGGAUUAGUUGCUAGGUGGUUCGUGUGGGUGCAAAGCGUGAUCGCAAGUCUAGUGUGGACUUCAAGUACUCCAACUUGUCUCGAAUAAAGUUUCCUCAAAAGUGUCUCUUUGGUGUUUUUGCAUGCGUAGUGUAGUUGGUUGUCUUUGUUUUAUGUAUUUUUUUUAUUAGUACUCUUUGUAAAAAAAAAAAAAAAAAAAGGUGAGUUAUUAUUUUGGGAUGCCACAAGAUAUAAUUGGUUGUGUGAUUUGAUGUGAAACGUUGCAAUGCCAAGAAGUCUUAUUUCACAAAAAA